AUGUGGAAAUUGGGAGGAGGACUACAGUACUUAGGAUUGGAUGGAAAGAAAAGUUCAUUUUCAUUUGAUGUAACAAAGAGAGCAACAUACUAUGAGUUGACUACUGUUGAGGAAACUAAUUUCCUUGAAGCCUGUUUGCAAGAAUCCUACUGUGGUUACCCUGGAUUUCAUCUCAACUGCAGCAAACAUGGCUAUCCAACGAUUAGUUUACCAGAAAAUGACUAUAUAGUCGAAAGCAUUUCCUAUCCUAAUCGUUCUUUUCGUGUUUAUAAUGCUGCUGUUUCGAGUACUUCAAACCUUAGAUGCCUUCCACAAAUCAUAAACACGACAUUUCCUACCAGGGAGUUUCGUUAUGUUAAUGCAUCAAUGCUUUAUUUGUUGUCCAAUUGUACAGAACCGUUGUCAAAUGAUCUUUUGCAAUACAAGGUUGUCUGUCAUCAGGGUGAGAAAAGAGAUAAUUUUGUUUUAGCACUAUGGGAUGAGGAUGAAAAUUUGCAGAAUGGAUUUGAAAAUUGCGAAAAACAUGUGGUGGCGCCGGUGGAAUUGCAUGGAGAUGAAGAGAGGAUUGGAAUGGGAGAGUAUGAGGAGAUUUUGAGAAGAGGGUUUGCACUGAAUUGGUCAGUCGCCGGUGACUGCGGGAGAUGCGAGAGAUCUGGCGGCCGAUGUGGCUUUAACACCACUACUUUCAGGUUCCGUUGCUUCUGCCGUGACGGACCCAGAUGGAGUUGCAGACCACGUACAGAUUCAGGUACAUUAUUUUCUUUCUUGUCGCUUUCGAUUUAUGGAAUGUGA